CUCGCCCUCUUAUACCCCGUCCGUCCGUCUUUCUCUCUACCACAAUUGUGGUGAUAGGCGGCAAUACUGCACCGGGAAAAGAUGGAGCCCCAAGCUAUAACCAGGCAUGACAGCGAAAAGAGCGACGACGAGAAGGGCGCUGUUGGCCAGAUUGACCGCGGUCUUGAAGAUGCUGGUGAAAUCGCCAAUCUGCCCCCAGACCCCGAUGCACACAUGAGUCCUGAAGAGCGCGCUCGAGUUGAACGCAGGCUACUCUGGAAGCUCGACCUGACCCUGAUUCCAUGGCUCUGUAUCCUCUACCUCCUGGCCUUCCUCGACCGGACCAACGUCGGAAAUGCGAAGAUUGAUGGGUUGCAGAAAGAUUUACAUAAUAUGAGCACAGGCAAAUACAAUGCGUCGCUCUCCAUCUUCUUUGUCUCCUAUUCGGUCUUUGAACCUCUCACCAAUGUCCUGUUGAAGCGCCUUCGUCCUUCGGUCUUCAUCCCCAUCAUAAUGGUUAUUUGGGGCCUUUCCAUGACCUUCAUGGGCUUUGUUAAGAAUUGGUCUGGCCUGAUGGCCGCCCGUUGGUUUCUUGGUCUCGCUGAAGCCGGCCUCUUCCCAGGAAUCAACUAUUAUCUCUCUUGCUGGUACAAACGCUCCGAGCUUGGUAUCCGCGCCGCCAUCUUCUUCUCCGCAGCUGCUGUCUCUGGCUCUUUUGGUGGCCUGCUCGCGGCCGCCAUCGAAAAGAUGAAUGGGCUUGGAGGUCGUCCUGGGUGGGCCUGGAUCUUUAUCCUCGAGGGGAUUCUCACCGUCCUUUUUGGCGUCGCCAGUUUCUGGGCCGUCCACGAUUUCCCUGACGAUGCUACUUUCCUCUCCGAAGUCGAUCGUGCGCGCGUUAUCAGAAGACUGAAGUUGGACAAGCAGAGCUCAGCCGAGCACGAAGAGUUCAAAAUGAAGUACGUGUGGCUCGCACUCAAGGAUUAUAAGAUGUGGCUGGGAAUGAUUAUCUACAUGGGCUGCGACAUGCCGCUAUAUGCCUUCUCUCUCUUCCUGCCGACCAUUAUCUCUGAACUCGGGUACACCACCACCAGAGCCCAGCUGCUCAGUGUCCCCCCUUACGCGGCAGCCGCUAUACUUACUGUCGCCAUUGGAUAUAUUGCCGAUCGCACCCGUAAGAGAGGUCUCUGUAACAUUGGCGUCUCCUUCCUCGGCAUAGCGGGCUUCGCCAUGCUCCUCGGCUCCCAAGAGCCAGGCGUCAAAUAUGCCGGCACCUUUCUCGGUGCUCUCGGUAUCUACCCCUGUAUCGCAAACACCAUUUCCUGGAUCUCGAACAACAUCGAAGGCGUGUAUAAGCGCGGCGUCGUCAUCGGUUUUGUGAUUGGUUGGGGCAACCUCAACGGUGUCAUCUCGAGUAAUAUUUAUUUCAAGCCCCCGAAGUAUACCGUCGGGCAUUCGUUGAUUAUGGCCUUCAUGAUUCUUUUCCUUCUCGGAGGCAGUAUCGUACUCGAGCUGCUCCUGAUACGUGAGAACAAGCUCCGGAGGGAAGGCAAGAGGGAUCAUUGGGUUGAGGGACUUACUGAGAAGGAGGCGGAGAAGUUGGGUGAUAUGAGACCGGACUUCAUCUACACUCUUUGA